UUUAGGUAAUACUUCCACAUCUUUAUCUGUAAACAAAAUCCAGAAAUGUAUUUUCAUCAUCUGGAAAACCAAGCACUUCUACUCAUCUUCUGUAGCAUAAUGUAUUUUUCCACUGUUUGUGCUGAUGGAAUAGAAGGGGAAAUUUUACCUCCAACAAUUCAGAAGCUGAUGAAAGGAUACAACAAGUACCUGCGUCCCUUCUUUGAUAAUGGGCCUGUAACAGUUGGAAUGAGUUUGGACAUUGCAAGUAUUGACACCAUAUCAGAGAUUAACAUGGAUUAUACAGCUACCAUCUUUUUGAGACAGCGCUGGACCGAUGAAAGACUUUGCUUUCAGGGCAACAAGAGCUUAAGUUUAGAUGGACGGCUUGUGGAGCUUCUUUGGGUGCCUGAUACAUUUAUAGUGGAUUCAAAAAAGUCAUUUCUCCACGAUAUCACGGUGGAAAAUCGGCUCAUAAGGAUUUAUCCCAACGGGACUGUACUCUAUGCCCUACGAAUAACAACUACAGUAGCAUGCAGUAUGGAUCUAACCAAAUAUCCAAUGGAUAAACAGACGUGUACCCUGCAACUGGAAAGCUGGGGUUAUAACAUCAAUGAUGUUAUGUUUUACUGGACCAGAGGAAAUGAUUCCGUCCGAGGGCUUAAUACUCUACGCUUGGCACAAUAUACAGUUGAAGAUCAUUACACAUCUGUGUCAGAAGCAGUAUACGAAACAGGGCGCUAUCCAAAGCUAGUGUUUCACUUUGAAUUGAAGAGAAACAUUUUAUAUUUCAUCCUUGAAACAUACGUGCCCUCCAUUCUGCUGGUUGUGCUUUCAUGGGUUUCAUUUUGGAUCAGUCAGUCUUCUGUACCGGCCAGAAUAUGUAUAGGUGUGACAACGGUGCUCACCAUGACAACGCUCAUGAUGGGAGCUAGAACAUCUCUCCCCAAUGCAAACUGCUUUAUAAAGGCAAUUGAUGUUUACCUCGGAAUCUGUUUCAGCUUUAUAUUCGGGGCUCUUCUGGAAUACGCAAUUGCGCACUUUUGUACUCUUCAUCGACUAGAUCAAAACAACUCAACAAAGGGUAACAUGGAUGAAGAUGACUUAGACAUGAACGGCUCCAUUGCAGCAGUUUCCUCUAGAGAAAACAACCAAGCAAAAGCUAUCAGCACAGAAACUAAAGACAAAGGAAAGCUCCACCGUCCUUUAGCUAAGGCAAUGAAACGCUUGCUUUGUAUAUUUUAUUGCUUCCAGGUGGAGAACCCCCAUCAUAUAGAUAAUUAUUCCAGACUCUCUUUUCCUUUAUCAUUUAUGAUCGUCAAUGUCCUGUACUGGGUGUAUUAUCUGUAUUUUUGAACUA